AUGGCUUCUGUCUGUCUGCGAUCAAGUCGCGCGCGACCAGCCCUUCGUUCUGCCACGACGCCAGCCAUUCGACUGCGACUUCCCAAUCACUUUGCCCGACGCAACGCCUCUACCUCCUCCGGCAGCAACGCGGGCUCAAAUGCCAAGAUCUUCAUCUACAGCGGCGCUCUUGCCGGCUCGCUCUACAUCUCCUAUCUUUACGCUACCGACACCCGCGCCUCCCUCCACCGAUGGCUUGUUCCUCCCAUGAUGCGCCUGCUCUUCCCCGAUGCCGAAGAUGCUCACCAUGCCGGUACCACCGCCCUCCAGACGCUAUACGCCCUCGGCCUUCACCCUCGCGAGCGUGAUACUGCUCUCGCCACAGAUCCUGCUCUGUCUGUUGAGGUCUUCGGCACCAAGCUGGCCAACCCUAUCGGUAUUAGCGCCGGUCUCGACAAGCACGCCGAAAUCCCCGACGCCCUCUUUGCCCUUGGACCCGGCAUCGUCGAGGUUGGCGGCUGCACUCCUUUUCCUCAAGACGGCAAUCCAAAGCCCCGCGUCUUUCGCGUGCCAAUCCUCGACGGCAUGAUCAACCGGUACGGCCUCAACUCCCACGGCGCUGACGCCAUGGCUCGCCGCCUGCGUGAGCGCCUGCGAACCCGCGCCCGCGACCUUGGCCUCACUGAGCGCGACCUUCUCGAUGGCGUCACUGGCUUGCCCCCCGGAAGUCUGGAGGAGGGCCGCCUCCUCGCCGUUCAGAUCGCCAAGAACAAGGCCACCGAUGAGCGUGACGUCAACGCCGUGGCCGCCGACUAUGUCUUCUGCGUCCGGGCGCUGGCGCCCUACGCCGACAUCAUCGUUGUGAACGUCAGCAGCCCCAACACCCCCGGUCUCCGCGACCUUCAGGCCGUCGAGCCCCUGACGCGUGUCCUCAGCGCCGUCGUCGACGAGGCCUCGCGCACCGACAGGAGGAUCAAGCCCAAGGUCAUGGUCAAAGUAUCACCCGACGAGGAGGAGGACACGCAGAUGGAGGGCAUCGUCCAGGCCGUCUGCGAAAGCGGCGUCGAUGGCGUCAUUGUCGGCAACACGACCAAGAGGCGCACCGGCAUCGUCCCUGAGGGCGUCGCCCUCUCAGCGCGUGAGCAGAGGAACCUGCUCGAGGACGGCGGUUAUUCGGGCCCCGCCAUGUACGGCCGCACUCUGAGUCUCGUCAAGCGGUACCGCCAGCUUCUCGAUGCGCGCACCCUCAGCGCCGAGGCCGAGGCGGUUGCCGUGACGGGCGUUGAAGGCGCCAAGGGCACUGGCAGCCAGCAGAAGGUCAUCUUCGCCACGGGCGGCGUGACCAACGGGAAGCAGGCGCUUGAGAUGCUGAAUGCCGGCGCGAGCGUUGCCAUGGUGUACACAGGUCUCACGUAUGGCGGGUCGGGCACCAUUACGAGGAUCAAGAAGGAGCUGAAGGACAGCUUGUAA